UGUAAACUGGAGUGGGGUAGAAGCUGGCGGGCACCCCCUCCUGACCACUGGUGCCGCCGCCUUCAGGAGAAUCAGACAUGGCCCAGAACUUAAAGGACCUAGCGGGACGCCUGCCCUCCGGGCCUCGGGGCAUGGGCACGGCGCUGAAGCUGCUGCUGGGGGCCGGGGCUGUGGCCUACGGCGUCCGUGAGUCCGUAUUCACUGUGGAAGGUGGUCACAGAGCCAUCUUCUUUAAUCGUAUUGGUGGCGUACAACAGGACACAAUCCUAGCCGAAGGCCUUCACUUCAGGAUUCCCUGGUUCCAGUACCCCAUCAUCUAUGACAUUCGGGCCAGACCUCGAAAAAUCUCCUCCCCCACAGGCUCCAAAGACCUGCAGAUGGUGAACAUCUCCCUGCGUGUACUGUCUCGGCCCAAUGCCCAGGAGCUCCCCAGCAUGUACCAGCGCCUAGGCCUAGACUAUGAGGAGCGAGUGCUGCCGUCCAUUGUUAAUGAGGUGCUCAAGAGUGUGGUGGCCAAGUUCAACGCCUCGCAGCUCAUUACCCAGCGGGCUCAGGUGUCUCUGUUGAUCCGAAGAGAGCUGACAGAGCGUGCCAAGGACUUCAGCCUCAUCCUGGACGAUGUAGCUAUCACAGAGCUAAGCUUCAGCCGAGAGUACACAGCUGCUGUAGAAGCCAAACAAGUGGCCCAGCAGGAAGCCCAGAGGGCCCAGUUUUUGGUGGAGAAAGCAAAGCAGGAACAACGACAGAAGAUUGUGCAGGCUGAGGGGGAGGCGGAGGCUGCUAAGAUGCUUGGAGAAGCACUGAGCAAGAAUCCUGGCUAUAUCAAGCUCCGAAAGAUCCGGGCUGCCCAGAACAUCUCUAAAACGAUCGCCACAUCACAGAACCGGAUCUAUCUCACAGCUGACAACCUUGUGCUGAAUCUGCAGGAUGAAAGCUUUACUCGGUAAGAGAGCCCACUGUACAGAGAGCGAAGCCCCUACGUCUGCUCCCCUGGACUCUGUCUAGAUAGUCGCCAGGGCCCUUGACAGUUUCUCUGAACACUAGUCAGAGAAGUGGGUGUCUGGCUAGUUGGCAGUUCCUAUCUUGCAUCCUCUAGAGCUGAUUUUAUAAAGCAAAGCAGGACGUCUUAUGGAAAGUCAUUUUAUUUAUAAAUGUUUAAGAAGUGCUGACUGAUAGCCUCACGUGAGAACCUGUCCUGCCUUGCUGGUAAUGAGCAGAAAUGAAGAGCUGUCCUCGCUGGGGAGCAGAGGGGUCUAGAGCAGCUGGGGCCUGCAGCUGACUAAUCACCUUUCUCUUCCCACAUAUUUCCUGCUCACUUCACGGCAUGCUGGCUACAGGGGAAGUGACAGCCUCAUUAAGGGUAAGAAGUGAGUGUGGACAUCAAGAACCCCACCACCAGAGAAGUUGGCACACUUCUCCAGUUUGGAGGGGCCAGCUAGGGGGUCAAGCAUACCCCACCCUGACCCAAGCAUCAUGUGAUGGAUUCUUCUGUAUCUGCUCUCUUGGAUUAAGGAAGACUGAAGACCAACCCUUUCAGAGGGGUUUUCCUCCUUCUUGUAUUGGCUGGGAAGGGGGGGGGACAGGAGACAGUGUGAUUUCUCAGUGAUUUCCUGUAGUGUUGUCCCUCUCCCUGAAUGGGGGGAGAUAACCACCAUGCCAGGAAGUCUCAAUAAAAUUUUUAUUACUUAAACUAAAGCCAAAA